AUGGGUUUUAGUCGAAAAGGGGGUUGCGGCCAACAUGGGUGUAGCAGGAAAGGAUAUUGUCAGCAGUUUGCAGUGGAGGUGACGCCGACAUCAAUACCAAUGGUUGAAGACAUGGAGCUGAGGCCCAACGAAACUACAAUUGUAUCGUGGAAAAAGCUUCUCAAAGACGCCGCUUCCAAUAAGAUCAAUGGGAAUGGCCCAUUGGUCUCAGGCCCGUCCUCUGAGCCCCACCACACCAUUCCUGAUCCCGCUCCUGCUCCGCCUUUGGGGGCUUCAUCUUUAAAGCAAUCCAACGAAAAUGUAGCUAAAGAUUUACAAGCACAACCCACCUCCAACCAUCUGAGUAACGUGAUUGAAAGAAUCAAGCGCUUGUAUGCUGUACGUUCUGAAUGA